AUGUACGGUGGCUGCAAAGGCAAUGGCAAUAGUUUUGAGACCAAGGAGGAGUGCGAGAAAAAAUGUUCGCAACCGAUAGACAUCUAUCAAUUGAAACACGACCCGGGACCGGGCAAGGGCUUUCUUAAGAGGUUUGCCUUUGAUUCUACACAAGGCACUUAUGUGAAUUUCAACUACGGUGGCUGCAAAGGCAAUGGCAAUAACGUUGAGAUCAAGAAGAUGUGCGAGAAAACAUGUUUGCGUAAGUAG